GGCCUUACAUGAGGCUGUACGUCACAAUCACAUUGAAGUGGUAAAACAGUUACUAAUGGAGGUAGAUCCAGAAUUUUCGUUUGGUGCUAAUGUUGCUGGUGAGACCCCACUUUACUUGGCUGCCGAGAGAUGCUUUCCAGAUUUGGUGUCAGAAAUUUUAAACAAAUUGAAGUCACCAGCUUAUGAUGGCCCCUUGGGUAGAACGGCUUUGCAUGCUGCAGCAUUUUGGAAUAAUGAAGGAAUGACCAAAAACAUUUUGGAAAGAUACGGACGCGAUCUAUGUAAACAAGCAGACCAAAAUGGUUGGACUCCGCUUCACAUGGCUGCAUACAUGGACAACAUUGAGCCAACAAAACUAUUGCUGCAAUAUGAUAGAGAGUUAGCAUAUAUGAAAGACGCAGAGGGUAGGACAGCUCUUCACAUUGCAGCCCAUUGCAACUGGAGCAGUGUAACAAAAGAGAUUAUAUCAAUGUGUCCGGAUUGUUGCGAAGUGGUUGACAAUGAAGGCCGCAAUGCACUCCAUCUCGCCGUACACAACUGGCCAAGUGCAGCGCUAAUCAUCCAAAAUAAUUCGUCUCUCCGGAAUCUUUUGAAUCAGAAGGACAACGACGGGAAUACACCUUUCCAUCACUAUUGCAAUUCCAGUUUUGUUGAUGACCAGCGUCCUGUCCUGAAUUCUCCAAGAGUUGACCAAAUGGUCUUCAACAAAAAGAACCAGACUGCUAAUCAGAUCUUAAAAAGUAGAAACUUACCGCUCGAAGAUUUUAUGGUAACGUAAUCUUUUAUCUUUCUUCAAAAAAUAAAAUUAUAUACUUAAUAUUUGAAUA